GCCCCGCGCCCCGCGCCCAACUUGGUGCCACCCUCCGUCCAGGCUUCCCCCCUCGGACCCCGGGCUCCGGAGCUGCCAUGGGCCCGGCCUGGGGACUGUGCCUCCUGCUCCUGUGCCCCGUGUGCGUGUGCGCCGCCAACCGCAUUCCAGAGGCUGGCGGAGACGGCAGCGUGUUCGACGUGCUGGAGCUGGCCGGGGCCGCCCGCAGGGGCUCCGGGCGGCGGCUGGUGAAGGGUCCCGACCCGUCCAGCCCGGCUUUCCGCAUCGAGAACGCCGACCUGAUCCCCCCGAUGCCCGAUGACAAAUUCCAAGACCUGGUGGACGCCGUGCGCGCCGAGAAGGGCUUCCUCCUGCUGGCCUCCCUGCGGCAGAUGAAGCGGACCCGCGGCGCGCUGCUGGCCGUGGAGCGCAAGGACCGGUCGGGCCCCGUGUUCGCCGUGGUGUCCAACGGCAAGGCGGGCACGCUGGACCUGAGCCUGGACGCGCAGGGCCGGCAGCAGGUGGUGUCGGUGGAGGAGGCCUUCCUGGCCACCGGCCAGUGGAGGAGCAUCACCCUGUUCGUGCAGGAGGACAGAGCCCAGCUCUACAUCGACUGCGAGAAGAUGGAGAGCGUCGAGCUGGACGUCCCCAUCCAGAGCAUCUUCACCCGGGACCUGGCCAGCACCGCCCGGCUCCGCGUUGCCAAGGGGGACGUCAACGACAACUUCCAGGGGGUGCUGCAGAAUGUGAGGUUUGUCUUUGGAACCACCCCAGAAGAUGUCCUCAGGAACAAAGGCUGCUCCAGCUCCACUGCCAAUGUCCUGCUCACCCUGGACAACAAUGUGGUGAAUGGGUCCAGCCCGGCCAUCCGCACCAACUACAUUGGCCACAAGACCAAGGACCUGCAAGCCAUCUGCGGCAUCUCGUGUGAUGAGCUGUCCAGCAUGGUCCUGGAGCUCCGGAGCCUGCGCACCAUUGUGACCACUCUGCAGGACAGCAUCCGCAAAGUGACGGAAGAGAACAAGGAGCUGGCCAAUGAGCUGCGGAGGCCCCACUUCUGCUACCACAAUGGGGUCCAGUACAGGAAUAAUGAGGAGUGGACGGUGGAUGGCUGUACCGAGUGCCACUGCCAGAAUUCAGUGACUAUCUGCAAGAAGGUGUCCUGCCCCAUCAUGCCCUGCUCCAACGCCACAGUUCCUGAUGGAGAGUGCUGCCCACGGUGUUGGCCCAGCGACUCGGCGGACGACGGCUGGUCUCCGUGGUCCGAGUGGACGUCCUGCUCGGCGACGUGCGGCAAUGGCGUCCAGCAGCGCGGCCGCUCCUGUGACAGCCUCAACAACCGCUGCGAGGGCUCCUCGGUCCAGACGCGGACCUGCCACAUUCAGGAGUGUGACAAGCGAUUCAAACAGGAUGGCGGCUGGAGCCACUGGUCCCCCUGGUCGUCUUGCUCCGUGACAUGUGGUGAUGGCGUCAUCACAAGGAUCCGUCUCUGCAACUCCCCCAGCCCGCAGAUGAACGGGAAGCCGUGCGAGGGCGAGGCGCGGGAGACCACAGCGUGCAGGAAAGCCGCCUGUCCCAUCAAUGGAGGCUGGGGUCCCUGGUCGCUGUGGGACAUCUGCUCCGUCACCUGUGGGGGAGGGGUGCAGAAACGCAGCCGCCUCUGCAACAACCCCACGCCCCAGUUCGGAGGCAAAGACUGCAUUGGCGACGUGACAGAAAGCCAGGUCUGCAACAAGCAGGACUGUCCCAUAGAUGGAUGCCUGUCCAACCCUUGCUUUGCCGGUGCCAAAUGCACCAGCCAUCCCGACGGCAGCUGGAAGUGUGGCGCCUGCCCGGCCGGCUACACUGGGAACGGCAUCCAGUGCAGUGACGUGGAUGAGUGCAAAGAAGUGCCCGACGCCUGCUUCAACCACAACGGAGAGCACCGGUGUAAGAACACAGACCCCGGCUACAACUGCCUGCCCUGCCCGCCGCGCUUCACGGGCUCUCAGCCCUUCGGCAGGGGCAUCGAACACGCCAUGGCCAACAAACAGGUGUGCAGUCCCCGCAACCCCUGCAAAGACGGGACGCACGACUGCAACAGGAACGCCAACUGCAACUACCUGGGCCACUACAGCGACCCCAUGUACCGCUGCGAGUGCCGGCCCGGCUACGCCGGCAACGGCAUCAUCUGCGGAGAGGACACCGACCUGGACGGCUGGCCCAACGAGGACCUGGUAUGCGUGGCCAAUGCCACCUACCACUGCAAAAAGGACAACUGCCCCAACCUUCCCAACUCGGGGCAGGAGGACUACGACAAGGAUGGGAUCGGCGACGCCUGUGACGACGAUGACGACAACGAUAAGAUCCCAGACGACAGGGACAACUGCCCGUUCCAUUACAACCCCGCCCAGUAUGACUACGACAGAGACGACGUGGGGGACCGCUGCGACAACUGCCCCUACAACCACAACCCAGACCAGGCAGACACCGACAGCAACGGGGAGGGGGACGCCUGCGCCGCCGACAUCGACGGGGACGGCAUCCUCAACGAGCGUGACAACUGCCAGUACGUGUACAACGUGGACCAGAGGGACACUGACAUGGACGGGGUGGGAGAUCAGUGUGACAACUGUCCCCUGGAGCACAACCCAGACCAGCUGGACUCUGACUCAGACCGCAUCGGGGACACCUGUGACAACAAUCAGGACAUUGAUGAAGAUGGACACCAGAACAAUCUGGACAACUGCCCCUAUGUGCCCAAUGCCAACCAGGCUGACCAUGACAAGGAUGGCAAGGGGGAUGCCUGCGACCACGAUGAUGACAAUGACGGCAUCCCUGAUGACAGGGACAACUGCAGGCUGGUGCCCAAUCCUGACCAGAAGGACUCUGAUGGUGACGGUCGAGGCGAUGCGUGCAAAGACGACUUUGACCAUGACAAUGUGCCAGACAUCGAUGAUAUCUGUCCUGAGAAUGUUGACAUUAGUGAGACUGAUUUCCGCCGAUUCCAGAUGAUUCCUCUUGAUCCCAAAGGGACAUCCCAAAAUGACCCUAACUGGGUGGUACGCCACCAGGGCAAAGAGCUUGUCCAGACUGUCAACUGUGAUCCUGGCCUUGCUGUAGGUUACGAUGAGUUCAAUGCGGUGGACUUCAGUGGCACCUUCUUCAUCAACACCGAGAGGGACGAUGACUACGCCGGCUUUGUGUUUGGCUACCAGUCCAGCAGCCGCUUCUACGUGGUUAUGUGGAAGCAAGUCACCCAGUCCUACUGGGAUACCAACCCCACCAGGGCUCAGGGAUACUCCGGCCUGUCCGUGAAAGUCGUGAACUCCACCACAGGCCCUGGCGAGCACCUGCGGAAUGCCCUGUGGCACACAGGAAACACCCCUGGCCAGGUGCGCACCCUGUGGCAUGACCCUCGUCACAUAGGCUGGAAAGAUUUCACCGCCUACAGAUGGCGUCUCAGCCACCGGCCCAAGACAGGCUUCAUAAGAGUGGUCAUGUACGAGGGGAAGAAGAUCAUGGCUGACUCUGGCCCCAUCUACGACAAAACCUACGCCGGCGGUAGGCUAGGACUGUUUGUCUUCUCUCAAGAAAUGGUGUUCUUCUCUGACCUGAAAUACGAAUGUAGAGAUUCCUAACUGUCAUAUGCUGAUCAGAGUCCUGAUCAUACCCAAGGCUGGCACUGCACCUUCUGGAAGCCAGGACCUGCGGAAUCCCCCAGGCUCAACGCCUCCUCACCCCCCUUUCUUCUCUGCAGAUUCCAACGCUUGGAGCCUGCCUCAAGCAAACUCAAACACAGACUGAGCCUUCAGCCUCCGGUGAAUAAGAAGGCCUCUUCCAAGAACACAAACAAUUACUUUGGCUUGCUUUUGUGAAAACAAAAGCAUCUCUUCUCUUUCCUUCGGAAAGGUGCCUUCUCCACGCGGCGCAUGUCACCGAGCUGGGUGCUCCCGAGAGGCCAGCUCUGAGCAGUGGACCCACGCAUGUCCCGGCACCUCAGCAGCAAGGCCUUGCCCCUGAUCCUGACAUAUACCCUUAGGAACAGUGGGUGGGGCCCAAGCACUAAGGAAGGAUUGUGGGAAGAAAUCAUGGAGAACCUGUUACUUGUUUAGUACUGAGUCAUUUUGGGGAUACUGAAAGACUGGAUUUUAUGACGCUGACUAGCAUUAGCUGAUUAACCCAUCUGAAGAGGCUUAGACAGAAGGAAGGAAGGGAGGGAAAGACUGGCUUCAGAACUUUCUCCCGAUACCCAUCCUUACCCCUGGUCUAUAGGAGCCACAUAACAUGUUAUUAUCAGAAGUACCAUGCAGUGCUGGGGGCUGUUCAGUGCCUGGCCAUGCUGAAAUGGUUGGUUCUAUUCCAGAUGUACCUUGCAGAUGUAGCAGGAAAGUAGAAAAACCUAUUCCAUCUCAGUGGGCUGCAGCCGCCUCCAAGAGGGGCAGCAUGCUCAUGUUCCUAUGGUUAGAAAGGCACAAAGUUACCGUCAACCUGACUAAAACAUUCCUUUUCUUUUUUUCUUCUAUUAUUAGAGUUCCUGAUUCUCUUCUGGACUAUAGUGUGAUUUUUUUUAUGGUUUUUUUUUUUUUUGCGGGCGGGGGGGUGUAUUUCUUUUUUCUUUCUUGUUUUUUAACAAAUGCUUUAACAGUAUAAAAUAUUUAUUUUUUUUCCCUAUUCUGGAGAAUCUGUCUGAAGGAUAUCCAUGGAACAGGAAGUGUAAGGACUGUCCACAUUGCCUUGGUUAUGAGUCUUCGUGACUGUAAGAUUGUAAAUACAGAUUAUUUAUUAACUCUGUUCUACCUGGAAUUAAAUUUCAUAUGGGAAAUAUGUGUGAGCAGAUACCUGGGUGGGAUCAGCGAAUCUCUUCAAUGCCACCACCUGGAAAACCAGCCUCACCUUGGGCUGAGAGCGAACCAGUUCUGUCCCUUUGUUUUAUCUUUUCCGGUGGAAUUCAUUGGUUGUCUGCAAGACCUUCGGAUUGCUAAGAAAGCCAUGACAUCUUUAGAAAUAUUUUGCCACGUCCCUCACUCAUAGUUCCAGGAAGAAGAAAUGCAUGUACACCUGUUUGUUGUUUUUGUUGUUGUUGUUUUGUUUUACUUCAUUUUUCCAAAAGAGAAAAGAUGACAAAGGUGAAACUUAUAUACAAAUAUUACCUCAUUUGUUGUGUGACUGAGUAAAGACUUUCUGGAUCAAGUAGAAAGAGUUUAAGUGUCUUAAAUAGACUGAAAGCUACUGUAGUAACUCAAAAGGCAAUGUUGUACAUAGUAUGAAAAUUUCUCUGCAGAAGAAUAUUCCCAGGAAAAAGCAUUGAAAUGUUAAAUACCAUUUCUGAAAGGUUUCUUUCUCUUUCUAUCAUCUUGUACCCAUAGCUUGACUUUCAUAAGUUAUUUUCUCAUUGCUAUUGGAAUAGAUCUCGGAUUGUGUAGAUAUGCUAUUUAAAUAAUUUAUCGGGAAAUACUGCCUGUACAGUUAGUAUUUCUAUUUUUAUAUGUUUGCACACUGAAUUGAAGAAUCGUUGAGUUUUCUCCUUUUUUGUGUGUUUUGUUAUAAUUUUUUUUUGCUUUUUACUCCCUGGUUUUUACUAUUUGUUGAUACCUUUUUCUAGGAAUGUGCUUUUUUGUACACAUUUUUAUCCAUUUUGCAUUCUAAAGCAGUGUAACUUGUAUAUUACUGUUUCUGAUGUACAAGGAACAACAAUAAAUCAUAUGGGAAUUUAUAUUUAUA